AUGCAAUCAUCAAUAAAUGAAACCGCCGUCACGUCAAGAAUUGUGCCCGCUCCAGGGAAUCGAUCUGCAACCGCCACCACGUUGUCGGGAACUGUGAAUGCUGCAAUGAAUAGACCUGCAACCGUCACCACGUUGUCGGGAACUGUGCCUGCUGCAGGGAACAGAUCUGCAACCGCCAUCAAACCACAAAGUACGACCCUUACAACCAUGAGCAGCCCAGCCGCCUUUAUUGUUACGCCGUCACCACUCCAGCCAUCAACACCACAGGUAAGUCUCUCUCAUACUUUGCAUAUACCCUCUGCCACCACCACGAAUGCACCGAGCAUAGAGUUGCUGAACAACCCUACAGACGAUUCUGGACUGCCUAACUUCGGCCAACAACAAACGUACCCUGCCCAACCUGUACCUGAGCCCCAAGUGGAGUCAAAUGCCAGCUCCACGCACAAUAAUGGUACCGUCGGGAAAUCAACCGUCAUUCCCACCGUCGCUUCUGCUGAAGCCGUUGUCGCCAAUCCAGAGUCAGUCUUCCCCGCAACAGUGUAUGCCAGUGCGCCAUCGCAGUCCUCAGAGAGCAUGCUUGUCUGUAUGCAAAAUCAAAUCGCCAUUUUACAGCGCCAACUUAAAGAAACAGAAGUUAGGUUAGCUAAAUCAGAAUUGGAGAAAGAUAGGAAUUUGUCAGAUAGGCCAAAUAACGUUUUUUCGGUCACUACAGUUACACCGGUCGAAAGUGGCGCCGUGCCAACAACAAUUUCAAAUCAAGCACAUACUGCCGCACACAUGCAGCAGCAUGACAGCAACAUGCUUUUCAAUGCAUCACAAGAAAAUAUGCCUACGCAACCGGUGUAUAUACACCCAACAACAUUUGCUUCAACAAGUUUAAAUAAUACAUAUACCAACUCGCUUACAUCUAGUUCGGUUGAUUCCGCUAUACAGCGGCAAAGAGCGGCGAACAACCAAUUAAAUAUUUUCGGUUCCACAAUUCCACACAAAAAACUUAUCGACCUUCCGGAGUUUUCUGGUCAACCGGAAGACUGGCCAAUUUUUUAUACAGCGUACGUCGAGUCGACUGCGGCAUAUAGUUACACGAAUUUUGAAAAUAAUCAACGCCUUUAUAAGUGCCUUAGGGGUGAAGCUCGGGAUGUGGUAAAAUCCCUUUUGAUUCACCCAAAUAAUGUUAAUGCUGCCGUUGAACAUUUGCGCGCACGUUUCGGUCGUCCUGAAACUCUGAUCCGUAGCCAGUUGAAGCAAAUCCGAGAAAUUCCUCCGAUUUCGGAAAAUAAUGUAGGCAAACUUGUGCAAUUUGCUACAACAACAAAAAAUCUUGCUAUAUUUUUAAAAUCAAUCAAUGGUGGGCACCAUUUAGCUAAUCCAACGCUUUUGGAGGAGUUGGUAGGGAAGUUGCCUAUGAGCAAAAAGUUUGAAUGGGCCAGACGUGCAGCAACCCUUUCACCGUAUCCAAAUAUAGAACACUUUAGUGACUGGCUGUCAGAAAUUGCCGCUUUAGUUUCCGUUGUACUAGACCAUGAACAGCGAGAAUAUCGACGUCGACCAGUUUUUCAUGUAGCUGAGAUUCAACGUGACAACUCCACAAGUUCCAUGAAGUGCCCCGUAUGUAGUGCCAAGCAUAGAGCUUUCGAGUGUGGGCCCACGACAAAUAGUACAACUCAGACUUCCAUCCCCACAAAUGAGGCAGUUUUAAAUUGCAAAGCCAACAACCAUCCCAACAAUAAAUUACUUUUUAGAGUUUUGCCUGUGACCCUUCAUGGGCCAUCUAAAAGUAUAGAUACCUACGCAUUACUGGAUGAGGGAUCGUCAGUGACAAUGGUCGACAAAGAAAUACUGGAAGUGUUAGGCGUCAGUGGUCAACGUAAGCAGCUGGACAUACAGUGGUUUGGAGGUAGAGCAAUCCAGGAACCCACAAUUGUAGUUGAUCUUUAUGUAAAUGGGCGCGGGUUGGGGAAAAAGCAUAAGUUACGUAAUGUUUACGGGAGUAGCGAUAAAUUUAAUCAUUUGUUGUACUACGACGUUACGCCGAAGCUCCUUAUAGGUUUAGAUCACUGCCACCUUGGGUUGCCUACUAAGACCAUGGGCAUUGGAGGACAUGGUCCGUAUGCAGCUAAUACCGAGCUUGGUUGGGUCAUCUUUGGGCCUUCCAAUAGAGCAUCCAAUCCAAAUGCUACGUGUCUGAUGGUGUGUUCGCCGAAGGAGUCGGAACUUCACGAUAUGGUAGCUGACUAUUUUGAAACGGAAAACUUUGGUGUGAAAGCUGUAUCCCCGAUACCAAGUGCUGAGGACAUACGUGCCAAGGAAAUCUUGGAAGCUACUACUCAACAGAUCAACGGAAGGUUUCAAGUAGGUCUGCUGUGGAAAACAGAUGACAUUGUGUUGCCGGAAAGUUACACGAUGGCCUUGAAGAGAUUGUGUGGCAUUGAGCGCAAGAUGAAACGUAAUGCAGAGUUUGCCACAGCAUACAAAGAGAUAAUCGAAAGUUAUCUUAGAAAGGGGUACGCCCGCAAACUGCUUGCUGAAGAAGCCACUACGUACCAUCCGAGGAACUGGUACCUGCCACAUUUUGCAGUCCUCAAUCCUAAUAAACCGACGAAACUGCGUCUCGUUUUUGACGCGGCAGCUUUUUCGAAUGGAACGUCACUCAACUCAAACCUGUUGAAAGGACCACAGGAUUACCGCCCGCUCCCCGCAAUACUGUUCCAUUUUCGCGAAGGCCCAGUGGCAGUAUGUGGCGAUGUCAUGGAAAUGUUCCAUCAAGUCGUAGUUCAACCAAAUGAUCGAUGCGCUCAGCGAUUUCUAUGGCGUGGAGGAGACGAUACAAAGCCGCCAGAUGUUUUUGAAAUGGUUUCGAUGACCUUUGGAGCAGCUUGUUCACCAUGUGCAGCUCAUUAUGUGAAGACGAUGAACGCCUUGCAACAUCGUAACGCAGAUAAUUUGCGAGCAGUGAAGGCUAUACUGGAAUAUCAUUACGUGGAUGAUUUUGUCGACAGUUUCGAGUCUGUAGCUGAAGCUAUUAAAGUCACUAAGCAGGUGUGCGACAUCCAUAAACAUGCUGGGUUUACCCUACGUCACUUCGCCUCGAAUUCGCCUGAUGUCUCAAAGUCACUGGGAUGCGAUGAAGUUGCACUGAACAUCCAACGAAAAGAAAGCUUUUCACCUGAAAAAGUUUUGGGGAUGUAUUGGCGACCCAGCAGUGACGAUUUCAACUUCGAGGUAAAGUUCAACUAUACUGACAAGACUGUCUUGGAUGGAUUGAGAAGCCCAACAAAACGAGAACUUCUUAGUAUUGUUAUGUCGAUAUUUGACCCCAUAGGGUUUUUGUGCCACUUCACGAUCGUGGCGAAGUUGAUACUAAGAGAAGUUUGGAGUUAUCGGGUCAGAUGGGAUGAGGAUAUUCCGGUUGAAGUCAACUCAGCAUGGGAGAGGUUCCGAAAGCAAAUUCCCAACGUGACACAAUGCCACAUUCCGCGCCCUUAUUUCGACAAUAAAACUAUAAAGCAAUUGCAACUGCACAUAUUUGUUGACGCAAGUGAGCACGCAUUCGCAGCGGUAGGCUAUUGGAGGUACACAACAGAUUGUGGCAAGAUAGGUAUGUCGUUUGUAAGCGCUAAGACUAAAACUGCUCCAUUGAAGCCUCUAACGAUUCCGCGUCUUGAACUUCAAGCAGCUGUUCUGGGUGUGAGGUUAAAGAAAAUUAUCUUUCAGGAACAUUCGUUAAAAAUAAAUGAGUUUUUUCUAUGGAGCGAUUCAAGCACCGUCCUACAUUGGAUAAAUAGCGAGCACCGCAGAUACAAGCCCUUUGUCGCGCACAGGGUUGCAGAGAUUCUUGACGAAUCUAAGCCGAGCAAUUGGAGAUGGGUGCCCACGGCCGACAAUGCAGCUGACGAAGCUACGCGUACCAAGGGCCCGAUAGACUUCUCCUCAUCGUCGCGCUGGUUCAGUGGGCCAACAUUUCUUAAAGACAUACGAGAGCAUUGGCCUGUUUUUGUCUCCGCCACAAAAGUAAAGACUGUAGGUAACGAUGACGAGGAGAUCAAACCGAAAUUUGCGUUAAUGGUUGCGCGUAACACUCUAAUCGACUUUAAUCGUUUUUCAUCGUUUACCAAGCUUAGACGUACUAUCGCUUAUAUCCUUAGAUUUAUUUCGAGAUGCAGAAAGCAGAAGCGAAGCCAGCAAACAUAUGGACUAACAGCAGAAGAGAUUGAAAAGGCACAAAUAACCUUAAGUCGUUUGGUUCAAAGGGAAACGUAUGCCGUCGAGUUACACAGCAUUGCCUUGAACCAACCAGUUUCGCGGGACAGUGAAUUACAUCAACUAAGUCCCUAUGUUGAUGAAGAUGGAGUGCUAAGGGUCUACGGGAGAAUUGAUGCUGCCACUUGGCUUCCGCGUUACGUCAAACGCCCAAUUAUCCUGCCACCAGGUCAUGAAGUUACGAAGUUGAUAGUCGCUUUCAAACACAAUAAGAUGUUUCAUCAAAACACAGAGGCAACCAUCGCCGAAAUUCGCCGCACAUUCUGGAUCCCACGACUUCGUCAAGUUCUGCGUUCCGUCGUCACUAAUUGUGUCGUGUGCAAAGUAUCGAAAGCAAAACCAGUUGCACCGUUAAUGGGAUCACUACCGCAGGACCGUCUAACGCCAUUUGUCCGACCGUUUACGUUUACUGGCCUCAAUUAUUUCGGGCCGAUCAACGUUGCGAUAGGUCGUCGAACGGAGAAGCGAUGGGUUGCCCUAUUUACCUGCCUCACGGUGCGGGCCAUCCAUUUGGAAUUGGCACAGGAUCUCUCGACUGACGCUUGUAUACUAUGUAUACGCAACUUUAUCAACAGACGAGGAGUACCCGCACGUUUGCGUUCUGACAACGGAACAAACUUUAUAGGAGCAGACAAGGAGGCUAAGAAGUUCACGGAAGUCUUUGAUUGCGAGAAGAUCCAGGACGAGCUGUCGUCGAGGGGAGUUCAGUGGAUAUUCAACUGGCCGAGUAAUCCGUCAGAAGGUGGAGCGUGGGAACGAAUGGUGCAGUGUGUCAAACGAGCCCUGUGGCAUACUCUGAAAGAAGAAUCUCCGAGAGAGCAUACGCUGAUAAGCGUGCUAAUCGAGGUCGAGAACGUUGUUAAUUCCAGGCCACUAACCCACGUUCCAGUAAGCAGCGAAGAGGAAGAACCAUUGACGCCAAAUCAUCUUUUGUUGGGCUCGGAGAACACGGCUAACACUCCGAGCGUUGAGGAUCCUAUCAAGAAAUUGUGCACUCUGCGUAAACAGUGGAGGAUAUCACGUCAAUACCGAGAUCGUUUCUGGAAACGCUGGAUAGCAGAAUAUCUGCCAACGUUGACGCGAAGGGUUAAGUGGUGCCGCAGAGCAAGGGCAUUACAGGUCGGCGAUUUAGUACUAAUUUGUGAGGCGAGCACACCAAGAAGGGGUUGGUGCCGUGGCAGAGUGGUGCAAGUAUACAGGGGGACUGAUGGUGAGGUUCGUCGUGCUGACGUUCGCACUUGCGGUGGUAUGUUACGACGUCCUGUAUCCAAAUUGGCCAUCCUGGACGUGGCGGAUGAAUAA